GAGCAGGGCCUCUCGUGAGAAGUGGUAACAGCUCGAUAAACAUGGUAAUAAGGGUGGGAGGUCACAAUGGCGGACACGACGUUUGCGCUUGCUAGUCCGCUUUAGCCAAGGAGCUUUUAUCUGAUAAAAGCUCCUUGCUUUAGCCAAGAAUUUCACACGAAACUGCAUCAUCCGGUGGUGGAAAGGACUAAAACACGACCAGAAAUGAACUUCUUGCGGUUCUGUUGUUGCCGUUCUGCGAUCAUCAAGAGACAGAUCUGUCACGUCAUCGUCCUGUACAUACUUGUUUUCUGCCUGAUCCUGCCGCCUAUUUGCUACCGACUCCCGUUCUCCGUGUACUACAGUCAGAAACUGUACCUGUGGAACUUGAGCCCCAGCGUCUACGCCAGGCAGGUGAACGACGAGCGCAUCGCAAAGGCCGUGGAGUUCUUCGUGUCUGAGUCAGUCUCGGCGCGUCUUCAAGACGAAAGUCUACUUCACAUUGGCAACUUAAGCAGCGGCAGCAACACCACCAAUGUCAGGACUACCGUUGCCUUCGUUACCACGAGAAGGACACGUUCUCUUCACCCCACUGAGGAGUAUUCUCCUCGGUAUCUUCUACAGACGGUUGCUGCGGUAGUCCGGGAAAAUCAGCCCAGUACUCGGAUACUCAUCUGUAACAUGGACCCCGAACCCUCCGCGCACACCGACGCUGUCUACCUGUCGGAAUUCUUCUCUAUGGUGUCAAGAUACGGUGAUGACGAAGUCAGCGUACCACAUGGCAAACAUGAGAAGGAAAAACAGGAUUAUGUUUACUGUCUGAAGAAGAGUUUGCAGACGAAUCCACGAUACGUGCUCAUGUUGCAAGACGACGCCUUAGUUGUACCAGGUUCUCUUCAAGUCUUGGAUUACGUCGUAAGAACUAAAGUUGAAAGGACCCGUCACGGUUGGGAUUUCACCCCAAACAACGACACAAGGAAAUUGUUAAAACUUCACACGCCGGAGUAUAUCCAAAGAGAUUUCCACACCGUCAAGCCAAAACGUAUCGCCGCCAACUUGGCUGAGUUGCUCGGCUACGGGUUGUUCGGUGGACUCUGCUACGACUAUUACAUAUCAUUCUUGUUGAGACCGCACUUGUUGGAGCUUAGGAGGGUAUCAAAAUACUUGUCUGUCAUGCUUGAUGCCAACGAUUGUUGCCUGCCGGCGACCCUAUUGCCAACUGCUGCGGCGCGAGAGUUGGUGUCGUUCCUGGAGGGUGAGACAUGUGGUCCCGGGUACCCGCUAGACACAGCCGUGGACGACUUCGUCAGCAGUAAGGGGUACCGGCAGUUUGCCGUGGAACCUAACCUUUUCAGACAUAUAGGAAUGUACUCAACCCUACAUGGAGGUGAAAACACAUAUCUUAAGCAUUUCGUAAAGUAAGCUUUUAACAAGUAUGAUAAUCAUUAUGAGCUUUUAAUGUUGCUGUGAAAAGCCAAAAUUUUAGUACAUUUGUACAAUACAUGUGCUUAAUCAUGAAAUGUUGCAAUGUCCAAAGUGGCUACUAGUAUUCAAACUUCAGGGAUUUUAUAAGGGACUUCUUACAAUUUGUACCUACUUAAGUACCUACCUACUCCCUUGACCAAGUCAUUUAGGGGGACAAUUUGUACACUCCAGGCCAAAUCAAGCUCUUACAUUUAUACCGUUACAUGAUGACCAUUUAGAUAUUUACAUCCAAGCUUACAUGCUUACCUUACAUUUACAUCCAAAGUAAAAUGACAAAGCAUUUCCCUUUUCAAGUGUACAUAUUUCUGUAUUCCAUACAUGUAUAUGUAUGUACAUGUACAUUUGUACUAUGUAAACCUGUCAUGUGGAUAAAAUGUAGGAAUAUGCAAAUAUAUUCAAAAUACAGAUUUACCUCUGUAUCAAUGUGUUUUACCUUGUAUCUUAGCUGUACAUGUACAUAUAUGAUACCCACGUCAUCUUUAAUGGGUGGUCAAAGGAAUAAUUGAGGACAAAAGCUCAAGAAGAUACAACAAGAUUUUAAAACAUGUGCCAGGAAUGUCCAUUUUUAUAAUAUCACUUUUUGUACUUGACAUGAUGGAAACUACUCACCUCUUUUAUGCAAUCAUGAAUGUGUCAAAGUAUCGGGCUGAACUCAUAUGUAUAUAUAGUAUAUUGGAAAGAAUUUCGCCAAAUGCCACUGUGAUAUGUUCCAGCUAGUGAUUGAAGUGCAUAAUGAAAUUAGAAUAUGCAAUAUCUUUAUUCCCUUCCUUUGCCUUUGCUCAAGUUAAUUUUAUGAUUGUAUCAUUAUGGAUGUAUGUUUCAUUCAAAACUUUUACUCGUAUACAAAGUUUAUCAAUAUGUACACAAGUUGAAUUUUAUUGGUGCUUUUGUGUUUUAUAUUUAAAAAGAUGCUUGUGAUAUAUGCAUGUAGUUCUGUUUUAUGAUACACAUGCUCAUAAGGACUCCUUUUUGAUGUAACACAACACUGUUGUAACCAACAUUAUGUGUGUGCAUUGGGCAGGGGUGCUGGAACAUACUCAUUAUGUACCUAUUUAUAUAGUGUUGCCAUAUAUGUGAGUGGCCACAAGAUAGUAUGGGCAUACAUCAAUUUGUAUGUCUAAUUCAUUAGCAUAUACAAGAACAAUUAGGUUCUGCUUAAGCGCAAGAAAUUGUUUAUAUGCAGACAAUCACCUAUGGCAGCCAACUAAGAAAGUUGUAGGUGAUUUUUACACUUAGACUUACUGUAUUGUACUGUGUGGAUGAGACCAUGGCAAUAUUAAUACUAGGCUUUUGCAAUGCGAAUGUGGCUUUUUGCAAUACAAAUGUGGCUUUUUUUGGCAAUAAAAAUAUGUUGCAUCAUAU